GUUUCAGUCGCAAAGAGUUCAGAGGGAAGUUGGCCAUUGCUAUAACAGCCAACUUUGUUAAUAGAAACACCACAGCAGAGGCUAAAGUGGAGGAAAUCAGUGGCGUCGCCUUCAUCUUCAACCAGAAGUUCUUCCUUGAACUUAAAGAGGAGACGGGAAUUGACCUGGAAAACAUUGUGUACUACAAGGACAACACCCACUACUUUGUGAUGACUGCAAAGAAGCAAAGCCUGCUGGACAAAGGGGUCAUCAUUAAU